AUCCCGCUGCGAGGACCUUCUUGGAGGCUCACGUGUGUUGCUGGUUGGCAAAGUAACCAGUGUGCUGUGCCAUGGGGGAUACCGGGAUUAUCCUAAAUAUCACUGACAGCAGCGCUCGGGCACCGUACCGACGUGCGGGCACCUGGCAACAAUCUAAAGGUGUCAAAAGGAAAUUCAGCAAUGUCAGCAAGGAGCCUGAAGCAAAGCGCCAACCAGCUCCUCCAAGCCAGAAAUACCAAUCAAAAAAUAAACUGGCUGAAAGGAAUAAAGGAAAGAAUUCCCCAUCCAAAAAGACGACAUCUGUAGCGUCCGAGGAGAAUCAGAAAGGGCGACCUGCGGUGAAGACUUCAUCGCUCUUUAAGAACAACCCAGAGGUCCCAGCUAUUGAAAGGACAAAGAUAACACAACUUCAAGAACAAGUGUUCUCUUCGGACUCGUUUUCUGAGCUGGAGCUGCACCCACAUCUGGUCUCUACAAUUACCAACGUGUUGAAUAUGACCCACAUGACCAGUGUGCAGAAGAGGACAAUCCCUGUACUGAUGUCGGGAAGAGAUGCCUUGGUGCGCUCACAAACAGGGUCUGGUAAAACUCUAGCAUACGGAAUUCCUCUUGUCCAGGCUCUGCAAGGAGUGACUCCCAAGAUCCAGCGCAUUGAUGGUCCUUACGCCCUCAUUAUAGUUCCAACCAGAGAGCUGGCUCUGCAGAGUUUUACUACUAUCCAGAAGCUGCUGAAGCCUUUCACUUGGAUUGUGCCCGGAGUACUGAUGGGAGGCGAGAAAAGAAAAUCAGAAAAGGCCAGGUUACGCAAGGGAAUUAAUAUUCUUAUAUCCACUCCGGGGAGGCUGGUCGACCACAUCAAGUCAACACAGAGCAUCCACUUCACUCGUGUCCGCUGGCUGAUAGUGGAUGAGGCCGACAGGAUCCUGGACUUGGGCUUUGAGAAGGACGUCACAGCCAUACUAAACGCUCUAAAUGCUCAGUGCCAGGAGCGCCAGAAUGUCCUGCUGUCUGCUACCCUCAGCCAGGGAGUGACGAGGUUAGCAGACGUCAGUUUGCACAAUCCGCUCAGCAUAACCAUUACAGACGAUUCCCAAACUGAAGCACAACGGGCUGUGACUGAUUUGCUGGAGCCUUCACAGCAGAGUGAUGGAGAAACCUCCAGCUUUGCCAUGCCAGAGAAGCUGCGCCAGCACGCCGUGGUGGUACCGAGCAAGCUAAAACUAGUCACGUUGGCUGCUUUUAUUCUAGCAAAAUGGAAGUGCGAGAAGAAGACAAAAAUGAUUAUAUUCUUCCCAAGCUGCGAGCUGGUUGAGUUUCACCAUAAGCUGCUAAGCAGCAUCCUGGAACUGAUAGACAAGGAAAUGCAGACGCACAGCAAGGCGUUCUUUAGACUUCAUGGGAACAUGGAGCAAGAGGAGAGGACGGAAGUGUUUCAGCAGUUUACACAAGCCCGGGCCGGCGUUCUCUUCUGCACGGAUGUUGCAGCUCGAGGUCUAGAUCUUCCUCAGGUGACAUGGAUAGUUCAGUACAACGCACCGGCGUCCGCAGCUGAAUACAUUCACCGUGUGGGGCGCACAGCUAGGCUCGGAGCACAGGGAAGCAGCCUGCUCAUCCUUUUACCAUCAGAGGCCGAGUACAUCCGUAUCCUGGCAGACCACAAGAUCAGUGUUUCUGAAAUGAAGAUGGAUGAGGUUCUGUCAAACCUUUUAAAGAUGGAUUUUUUGGAAAUCAAGCGAGUUGGCAUCAAGAAAUCCCAGGCCAGUGACCCGCAGGCUGUGAGGGAAAGGGCUACCGUGCUGCAGACAAAGUUUGAAGAUUAUGUGCAUCGCAGUCCGGACACAGCCUUGUGUGCGAAAAGAGCCCUGCAGUCCUACGUGAGGUCCUACGCCACGUAUCCCAAGACCCUCAAACACAUCUUUCAUGUUCGUUCCCUGCACCUUGGCCACGUGGCAAAGAGCUUUGGUCUCCGUGAUGCCCCACACAAUCUCAGCCAGCAGCUUGCAGGAAACCCAAAGCAUCUCGGCAAAGCUGGACCCAGAAGGGCUAACGUCCACAAGAAGAUGAAAGCAAAGCAGAAAUUCUCUGACCUGCUUCUUUCCGAAUUCUCCAGCGGGUUCUCUCCUAAACCCAAAAAAGCCAAACACGACACCAACCAAAAGAUAGAAACGUGAGUAUCAAGGCUGAAGGAGGAACAUAGCUCGUAGCGAAGAGGACAUUGGAUGGCUGUAAUACUGUGGUACAAUUCAACCUUCAGCUACCUGCACUGUGUGCACAAAUCUAAGCUUUCAUCACUUAGGGCAGACUUAUUUCAGCCCCCCUGCAAGUGCACCAGGCUCAGCCCGUCUUGUCAGCUGCCCAUUGGGACUUAUUUCAGCCCCCUGCAAGUGCACCAGGCUCAGCCCGUCUUGUCAGCUGCCCAUUGGGACUUAUUUCAGCCCCCUGCAAGUGCACCAGGCUCAGCCCGUCUUGUCAGCUGCCCAUUGGGACUUAUUUCAGCCCCCUGCAAGUGCACCAGGCUCAGCCCGUCUUGUCAGCUGCCCAUUGGGACUUAUUUCAGCCCCCUGCAAGUGCACCAGGCUCAGCCCGUCUUGUCAGCUGCCCAUUGGGACUUAUUUCAGCCCCCUGCAAGUGCACCAGGCUCACAGUGUAGAUACAGCUCAGCCCGUCUUGUCAGCUGCCCAUUGGGACUUAUUUCAGCCCCCUGCAAGUGCACCAGGCUCAGCCCGUCUUGUCAGCUGCCCAUUGGGACUUAUUUCAGCCCCCUGCAAGUGCACCAGGCUCACAGUGUAGAUACAGCUCAGCCUGUCCUGUCAGCUGCCCAUUGAAACUUAUUUGAGCAUUCAGCAAGGAAAACAAUCUUUGGGUUUUCAGACAGACUGGACUGGCGACCUUUGUUCUUCAGAAGUGCGACCAUAAACCGUAUGUUUUACUCUGCUGACGAUAUAACUAGAUGCAUUUUACUCAGGACAUCGGUUUAUUUUUUUUAUUCACGCUAAAUGCCAAAGUAAAAAUGUAUCCCUGUUUAUAUUGAUGUGGUUUAUUUUGUUUGAUAAAUCUUGUGAGUAUAAA